AUGGCGGCAGCCAGGUCUGUGACGCGAAUGCCCGCCGAGGAUGAAGGCUGCCAUGAUUGCAGCUGCUUCCAGAAGGGCCCAGCACGCAUAGCACGCGCAGCGGAGACUUGGGAACACGUUGGCCAAGGCAAAGGCUCCUACAGCAAAGUGGAACAGGUUCGCUACGUGGGUUCUGGCCAAGGGAGCUACGUGCAGGAGCUCAUUUCCACCUAUGAUGGGUAUCGUGUGCGGCCUGGCUGCGUAGCCUGCCUUGCGCUUCUAUUGCUGCUCGCCAUGGGCACGAUAUUCUUCGUCGUAGCCCACCACCGCCUCAAUCAGGGGCAGAACGACGAUUAUCAGAGCCCACCCUUGAUCUAUGAUUGUUCCAGAGGGGCUGACAUUCGACUAUGGUCACCGGAGCAGCAGGAUUUUUGCUGCAUUCAUGAGGGCCUUGCAUGUCCCAGGCCAGCCGAACCAGCCGAGCGAUAUGACUGUGACGCAGGGUUCAGACACUGGAAAACUGACUGGUCGCCAGGUCAGCAACGCUUCUGUUGCUACAAGCACAGAAAGGCCUGCAAGGUUAAGAUCGUUCAUGACAUCAAGUACGUGCCGGUAGUUCACACGAAGAAGGUGAACAAGUACGUCCAGCAGCCACCUCACUACAUCUACAAGACCCGCUACAAGACCAUCACCCGCAGGAAAUACGUUCCCGUGCCGGUACCGACUCCGGGCAAGACAAAGGUGCUUGUGCAGCACGUGCCCGUACCCAUGCCGAGCAAAACAAAGGUGCUUGUGAAGCGCGUGCCGGUACCGAUGCCAGGCAAAACAAAGGUGCUCAUUAAGCAUGUGGUGGAACGUGUGCCGGUGCCAAAGGUGCUCGUGAAGCAUGUGGUGGAACGUGUGCCGGUGCCAAAGGUGAUUGUCAAACAUGUUGUGGAGCAUGUGCCCGUUCCGACGAACGUCAUGGGACAUGCCGUGCAGGUUUCCACACAAAAUCUCGAUCACAUCCAGUAUGAUUGUGAGGCAGGUCACAUGAACUCCAAGUACGGUUGGUCCGAGUCAAAAAAACGGUGGUGCUGUUCGCAUUUCCAAAAGGGCUGCAGCUUUUCCUCUGGCUGUGAGACUCCCUGCACACUGGCGGGUCAGCAAGCAGAGGCGCAGAACACAUGUGCCAGCAGCACACGAUGGGCAGCGAGGAGCAUGUUUGCUGGACGCAACGACGCAUGCCAGUUGGCAUUCCACGAGGUCGCAAUGAACUGUGCUUGGUGCCAUGGUUGCGAAUUGCGCGAGGUGGGUUGCAAAGCCGAGCCUCUUCGUGGCAUGCAGCCAAUGCAGCCCCAUCCGCUUCACAAGUGGAGCGAGGGGAUACAUGUGGCCAAGCAGGUGAGCACCGGGCGGCAUUCGUCUGGUGCUCAGCAGGAACACUCGCAUCCAGCCUUCCGCUGCGACUCGACACAUCGAGCCACAUGGUCCCCGGCCCAGGCCAUUUGGUGUUGUGAUGAGCGUGGCAUGGGCUGCGCCCAACCCGGGGAAUGA